AUGUUGUCUCGCAGUUUGAACCCACUAAAGUCGGUUGUAUUUGCCGCGCCAACUACAUCAAUCAGGAAUUCGCAUACAAUUUGGUAUCCGGAUGCAAAGUUUGAGCGUCAAUUCAAGGUUCGUUUUUUGUUUUGUUUUCUUAGAAAAAAGGUGCUUUCCUACAAUUUGAGGGUUUUCGAAUUUUGUUUGAGAGAACAUGUGUAUUAUUUCAGACUGGCGGAACUCUCGGAAAGUUAUGGAUGUCAGAAAGAGUUUCUGAUUUUGACGAGCAAAUUGGAUUAGACAAAUUAGAAAAAUUGGCAUACAAUGAUCCAGUUAUGAGUGAUGUUUAUGAUGGUAAAAAACGAGAAAAGAAUUUGGAAAACAUGAUUCUCAACUUUGGUCCACAACAUCCAGCUGCUCACGGUGUUCUCAGACUUGUAUUAAAAUUGGAAGGAGAAGUCAUCAUCAAAGCAAUUCCUCAUAUCGGCCUUCUUCAUCGUGCCACUGAAAAAUUGAUUGAACAUAAAAAUUAUACACAGGUGUGUUCUAUAAAUGUUUACAUCUGAUUCAUCAUUAUGUUUUAUUUUUCAGGCGCUUCCAUAUUUCGAUCGUCUCGAUUAUGUGUCAAUGAUGUGUAAUGAACAAGCAUUUUCAUUGGCAACCGAAAAACUUCUCGGAAUUGAUAUUCCACCAAGAGCAAAAUAUAUUAGAAGUAAAUAAUGAAACAAAAACUGCGUUUUUGAAGAGAAAUAAUUUUUUCAGCUUUGUUCGGAGAAUUGACCAGAAUUCAAAAUCAUAUUAUGGGAAUUACAACACACGCUUUGGAUAUUGGAGCAAUGACACCAUUUUUCUGGAUGUUUGAAGGUUUUUAAUGGAAUCCAUAUUUUGAAGAGGAUUUUGAUAACUAAUCAAGACCUCUGAAAUCUACUAUAAAUUAUAAUAUAUUUAACUAUAGUGUAGUCAGGAUUUUUUUUUUCAGAACGUGAAAAGUUGUUCGAAUUCUCGGAAAGAGUUUCUGGCGCAAGAAUGCACGCAAAUUACGUGAGACCAGGUGGAGUUUCUUAUGAUAUGCCAAUUGGAUUAAUGGAUGAUAUUUAUGAUUGGGCGAUAAAGGUAAAUCAUAAUCAGGUUUCCUUUUAACCACCGUUGUUCCAGUUCCCUGCCAGAAUCGAUGAAUUGGAAGAUAUGUUGACUGAAAAUCGAAUUUGGAAGGCUCGUACAGUUGAUAUUGGCCUCGUUUCUGCUGCUGAUGCGUUGAAUUGGGGAUUCAGUGGAGUUAUGGUUCGAGGAAGUGGAAUCAAGCAAGAUGUUCGAAAAACUCAACCUUAUGAUGCUUAUGAUCAAGUUGAAUUUGAUGUUCCUGUUGGUGUUAAAGGAGAUUGUUAUGAUAGGUAUUCAAGGGCAUAUAUCUGAUCAAAAACCAUGUCAAUUCCAUAUUUCCAGAUAUUUGUGCCGUGUCGAAGAAAUGCGACAAUCUCUUCGUAUCGUUCUCCAAUGUCUCAAUAAAAUGCCAGCCGGUGAAAUCAAAGUCGAUGAUCAUAAAGUUGUCCCACCGAAAAGAGCCGAAAUGAAAGAGAAUAUGGAAUCAUUGAUUCAUCACUUCAAAUUCUUCACUGAAGGAUAUCAAGUUCCACCAGGUGCUACUUAUGUUCCGAUUGAAGCGCCAAAGGGUGAAUUUGGUGUUUAUUUGGUGGCUGAUGGAACAAGUAAACCAUAUAGGUUAGUUAACCUAAAUAAGGGAAUAUUGGAAUUUUUAAAUCAAUAACUGAGCUGAUAUGUUACCUGAAUUUCCAAAACUGUUUUUCAAACUAAAAAAAUACUUUCAGAUGUUUCAUUCGUGCUCCAGGAUUUGCUCAUUUAGCUGCUCUUCAUGAUAUUUGCUAUAUGGCUUUGAUUGCUGAUGUUGUUGCUGUUAUUGGAACAUUGGAUGUUGUGUUCGGUGAAGUUGAUCGAUAA